AUGACAAACCAAACUAGAAAACUCGAGCUACAUGUAAUAAAGGAUAUUUUACGGCAUCAGCGAAAUGAAUUACAGACUCAUUUUAAUCUUUUUGAAAUAUUAUGUGAUGCGGGUGUUGAUACAUUGCCGUGUAAUGAUCCAUUAGUUAAUAGUUUAGUCGACCUUGGGUCUCCCCGGUUCUCGCUGAAAGAAGAAGAGUUUAUGAUAUUGCCAUCUGACAAAGUGACCCACGUGCAUUGGGUUGAACAAGAAUACGAAAGAGAGCGAGUAGCAAGAAAUAUAACAGAUGAUCUUUUGCUAAAGAUAAAUCGAAUAUUUUUUCGUCGAGUUUCUGAUGAGUCGGAGAAUUCCCUUGUUGAAGCAAUUGCCCAUUUAAUCGAGGCUUCUUUGUGCCAGUUGCCACUUGAAUACGAUGUUGAUGUAAGUAGAGGUGAAAAACAAAACAUUGCUAGCAAGAACCAGAAGUAUGAGGUUGCAUAUGUUGAAAAUGGGAAAUGGGAUGAUCAAAAAAUUUCUGAUGAUCAUAACAAGCUUGCGAAACUUGGCUCGUAUGGAUAUAAAAAAAUUGUGAAAGGAAGGUUAAAAGAGGUUUAUAUCGCAUUCGGGAUUAAUAUUGCAGGUAGACCUGCCUGUUUACCUGGGUAA